CAUCAAAAGAAUCAAAUAGUAUAUUAUACAGUUCAUUCAUAAAUUCAUAACAGUCAUAAAAAACUCAAUCAGUUCAACAAUCAGUUCAUCAAAAGAAUCAAUAAAUAGUAUAUUAAAUAAAUAAAUAAAAUUCAUAACAAUCAUAAUAAAUUCAUAAUUCAGUUAUUUGUGUCCUCCUUUUUAGUCCUUACAAACCGCCUCUCUAAAUCACAGCAAUGAGCCAGUGGUCAAUUAUCCAGUUCACCAAUGGGGGUACAGAACUGGUACCCAAUACAUGGGUGCAGGGUGACAAAGUCUUCUGGCCACCCUACCCUCCCAAGGACACUGCCAAGCUCCGGGCUGCCGUCAAUAGGAGGGAUGAGCCAAGUAGUGGGUGGCACAUGUAUCAGCCCAUAAAAGUCCUCUGUAGCCGUGGGACAUUUGAGGAAGCACAGAGGAGCAUAGACCGGUACUUGAGGCAGCAUUGUGAUACAACAGACAUGGAGUCAGAUGGGGAGGAUUCUGGAAGAUUGAAGAGACCAAAUCCAAACUAUGUGAAUGAUGAAUUUGACCAGGGAAGUAAAGCAUCCAAACAUCAAUAUCCAGCUGCACCAAAAGUUUUACUGCCAGCAACAGCAUCCACCACUCUGCAGUCCCCACCAAAUAAAAGCCCUAUAUACCACAAUCUCGAGCCCCUCUCCAGCUCCUCUCCUCAGUCCACAAAUCUCCCGGUCCUGCAAUCCUCUGCGAUGCUUUCUUUCGCAGAGGACUUCCCAGCCAUAACGCAUCAUGCAGAGAUGCCAGCAGUCCAUCCCUUCCAAGAGUUUUCACCUGAAGAUACCAGAGACACUGCCAGGCAGGCUUUAAAAGAUGUGGCCUUGCAGAAGCUGCUGGCGAUGGUCACUGAGCUCUCCUCUAAAGUGAGGGAACUUCGGAAGGAAGUCCAGGAGUUCCGCCAGUCUUGCAGGUGCUGCCAACCUGUAAGGGGGGUGGGACAACAGGUGGCCCAGGCAGACGUGCUGGAGUUGCCCCUCCGAAGCAUCGAUGCAUUUGAGCGCGCAGAGGAUGUUCUUCAAACUUCUGAGGCCUGCAAGGCAUUGGUGACUCGCUUGGCAGUUGUUGGUGGGAACAAUUUGGAGUCCAGGGUGCGCCGGAUCCUUUCAUUGUUGCUGACCAAUGAAGUGGCCUCUGGACUGAACUGGGCUGGGAAAAGGCCUAAGGAGGAUGGGAGACAGAAGAGGGCCUUCAGAGAUACAAGACUCUGUAAAUGCAUUUAUGAUGCCCUCACUCAACAGCCUGGCAUGAAUGAUCUGGUCUUCACCCAGGCUGUGCAGAAAUGGCUACGAUAUGCGCCAGACAGAACUGGAGGUGUCGCUCGCGCCGAAAGACAUGAAAAUUAA